GGGCGCGUCCCGGCGGAGCGGGGAGGAGCAGCCCGGGCGGGAGGGCCGCGCGUCCGCGGGAGCGUUAGCGCCUGUGUCCUCGGGAAAGCGGAAGGACGUUCUCGGGCGCAGAAAGAAGCAAUGCUGUGCCGAUUUGAAGACUAGCUAGCAUAAGGUUAUAAAAGAAGAUGGAAGAAGAUGAGACCUUAUGCAGUGAACCCAGCACGGCAGGAGCUGCAGCGCGCGCUAGCCCUGAGGUUGGCCGGCAGAUAUCAGUGAGUGAGUUCCUUUGCCACUGCUGUUACGACAUUCUGGUCAAUCCCACCACCCUGAACUGUGGGCACAGCUUCUGUAGACAUUGCUUAGCCUUGUGGUGGGCGUCCUCCAAGAAGAAUGAAUGUCCAGAAUGCAGAGAAAAAUGGGAAGGAUUCCCCAAAGUCAACAUUCUCCUCAGGGAUGUUAUUGAAAGGCUGUUCUCUGAUGCCAUUGAACAAAGAAAAGAAGAUAUUCAGCAAAACAGUGAUGUAGCACGCAGCUUAGCAAUCUUCCAAAAAUAUGGAAAUGACCAGAUUUCUACGGCUCCAAACACAGGAAGAAUUAAUCCUCGGGGAAGAGGGUUUUUCUCAGGCGUUCUGACAGCUUUAACCUGUGUAGCAGUAGUACUACUUGGGUAUCACUGGAGUAGCAGAGAAUUUGAAGAUGAUCUUCUUGUCCACAAGCCUGUUGCUAAAUGGACUGCUGAAGAAGUGGCGCUUUGGCUAGAGCAGCUGGGCCCUUGGGCUUCUCUUUAUAAAGAAAGAUUUUUGCUGGAGAAAGUUAAUGGAAGGCUCCUUCUAACGCUGACAGAGGAGGAUUUCACAAAAGAGCCUUACAGUAUAGAGAACAAUAACCAUAGAAAAGCAAUUACAGCAGAAUUGGAAUGUGUCAAAACUUUAGGUAUUAAACCACCACAGAACCUUUGGGAAUACAAGGCAGUAAAUCCAGGAAAAUCACUCUUUCUUUUGUAUGCGCUCAAGAAUUCUCCAAGACUCAGUAUGUUAUACUUAUAUCUGUUUGAUUAUACUGAAGCUUUCCUACCUUUUAUCCACAUCAUUUGUCCUAUGCAAGAAGACCAAUAUGAAGACAUGGUCACAAAAUUAUUAGACCUUAAACAUCCCACUUGGAAACAGUGGAGAGAAUUCAUUGUAAAGUAUAUAUUUUUGCCAUACCAGUUGGUAGCUGAAUUUGCUUGGGACUGGCUGGAUGUGCACUACUGGACAUCAAGAUUUAUCAUUGUAAAUGCCAUGCUACUCUCUGUUCUGGAAUUAUUCUCCUUUUGGAAGCUCUGGUCAAGAAGAGAAUUGAAGACUAUUCCUCACAGAAUGUGGAAACACUUCUGGAAAGUCUCAACCCAAGGUCUUUUUGUUGCAGUUUUUUGGCCUUUUAUUCCUCAGUUUGUCUGCAAUUGUUUGUUUUACUGGGCCUUGUACUUCAACCCAAUUAUAAACAUUGAUCUUGUAGUUAAAGAAGUAAGGCGUCUGGAGACACAAGUGCAAUGACUGACAUCAAACUUUUGAGCUGGUUAGUUUCCAAAAAUGCAUAUUUGAAAGAAACCUUGGUUUGUUUGUUUGUUUGUUUUCUUUUGUAAUGUGGCAGUGAAAGUAGAUUAGGUUAACUUAAACAUACAAAAAAGCCUUGAGGAAAGUUACUGUUGAACAGCUGAUUCCAAGGCUGAGAAUGGGCUUUAUUACCCAAAAUGAUUUUUGUAGUUAAAAAAAACAAAUAUAUUCCUGAUUUAGCCAUUUGAAACUUAGUUAUGUUUUAUUUUUUAUCAAAUAGUACUUAUUUGUUCUGUCUUAAAAUCAGUGUUUUCUGAAAAGCUACGGUGGUUUUUUCAACUUAGUAUUUCAUGCCAGCAAUGUGCUGUGCAGAACUUGAGUUUGCCGAAGGAAAACUGAAAGGAUAGACUUGAUAUUGAAAGUACUCUGGUGUUUUCAGCCUGCUUUAUGUGUGAAGUUCUGACUGAGAAAUGCACAGUAAAGUUGUUCUAAAAUUCCCUACGUAGAUGGCAAAGCUUUGCCCUCUGGAAAACAUGGCAAUUGCUGUUCACAUGUUUUUUUGUUCUGUUCAGAUCAGUUAGACUUCAUCAUCAGCUUCUUUAAUGCUCUCUUAAAAUCUGUUGCUAAUCCUUAAAUUCACCUUGUGCUCUUAAAAGGAUUAUUUUGAAUAAGUGACCUGACACUGUAAUUAUGCCUUACUGCAAUGAAAGAUGUGUUUCUAGGUCUGUGAAUGAACAUUGACUGGAAAUAUGGACUGUUUUGUAUAAAUGGAUUGCCACUUACUAAUGUAAGGUUUUCGACCUUUCGUUAAGUGUUGUAAGUUGUUUUUGUUUUUGUUUUUUUGCAUUUGUAUCAUGAACAUGAACUUUAAAUUCGCCUAUGAAUAUUUUUUAAAGAUUAAAGAUAUAAUUUUAAAUCUUA